CGGAGUAUACUCGUAUCUCCAGAUUACAUCCCAACCUCGCCCCAGCCGCCAAACCACCUAACCACCCCAGCCCAUACAUAACCAACAACACCCCAUCCCCAACCCUCACAAUAAUACCUCGUUAAAACCACCAACCACCACCAACCACCAUGCCCUCCCCACCCACCCCCCAACCCUCCACCUCCCCCACCGCCAUCCAAGCCGCCUGCACCGCCCACAACCUCACCCCGACGGAAUUCACCUCCCUCCUCUCGCACGCGCAGGACGCCAAGGCGCGCGCCUACUGCCCGUACAGCGGGUUCCGGGUCGGCGCGGCGCUGCUGACGCGGUCGGGCGAGUACGUCCUGGGCGCCAACGUCGAGAACGCCAGCUACCCGGUGACGACGUGCGCGGAGCGCGUGGCGUUUGGCCGGGCCGUGGUGGACGGGCAUCAUCAAAGUGGUGGGUUUAGGGCGGUGGCGGUGGCUACGGAUGCGGAGGCGCCGGCGAGUCCGUGCGGGAUGUGUCGGCAGUUUAUCCGGGAGUUCUGCGAGCUGAGUGUGCCGAUCAUCAUGUUCGACAAGAACAGCAACUUUGUGGUCAUGAAGCUGGAGGAACUCCUCCCGCUCUCGUUUGGCCCUGACAACCUCGGGGUCCCAGACCCGGCAAAGCCACCCGCCGGACAGGCAUAGAUGCGUGUUACCAUGGACGAGCAUUGCGUAAUGGGCCGGCGGGUCGGGUUUGAAUGUGGAGAGCAUCGGGUUUGCAUUGUUUAGGGGUCACCAUCGCAUAGAAGAGGUUUGAAGCAAUUUGAAGAGCAGAGAGGCGGCAUAGGCGGGCGGAGUAGGCAUUCAUAGUUAGCUGUUGUUUCCUAAUGAAUUUGUGUGUUCCAUGACUCCCU